ACCCUAGGGUCUCUUCCUCUUCUCCGUCUCUUUGCAUUUUUUCCUCCGUCACUGAGCGACCUGCCUCCCGCCGAGCUGCCAAUCGAAGAAGGGCUUGAGCUUAAGGAGAGAAAAAAUGGUGAGAAUCAGUGUACUCAACGAUGCUCUCAAGAGCAUGUUCAAUGCCGAGAAGCGUGGCAAGAGGCAGGUCAUGAUCAGGCCCUCCUCAAAAGUCAUCAUCAAGUUUCUCAUCGUCAUGCAGAAGCACGGUUACAUUGGUGAGUUUGAGUAUGUAGAUGACCAUCGUUCCGGCAAAAUCGUUGUGGAGUUGAACGGGAGGUUGAACAAGUGUGGCGUUAUCAGCCCGCGUUUUGAUGUUGGUGUUAAGGAGAUUGAAGGUUGGACUGCUCGUCUGCUUCCUUCCAGACAGUUCGGGUACAUUGUGUUGACUACUUCAGCUGGGAUCAUGGACCAUGAAGAAGCCAGGAGAAAGAAUGUCGGAGGCAAGGUCCUCGGUUUCUUCUAUUGAAAACUUCUAUAUGGGGAAAGAGACUUCAUCGUUUUAAACUUUUUGUCAUCAUUUUCUUUGAAACUUUCUGUCUUUCGAAUUUUUUGUGGUAAUUUUGUUGGAUAGUUCUUGAUAUAUUCAUUUGGACUACAUUUAAGUA